AUGGAUGGCUCCACGACAGCAUCGACCACGGACUGUUCGAUACAAGAACAGAAAUGCACUUCGAACCAUGACGACCCUUGGCCGUUGACAUAUCGACUGGAAGAUAUGCUUCGCCGGGACCUUGAUUCGGGAUUCCCGCCUCGAAAGCUGGGUGUGACAUGGAGCAACUUAACGGUGAAAGCAAAAAGCGCGGAAUCAGCAGUCAACGAGAACAUCUUCACUCAAUUCGACGUAAUCGGCCAGGUGAAAAGAAGGCACCGAAAGCUUCCUCCGAAGGAGAUUCUCCACGAAAGUCACGGAUGUGUCAAGCCCGGAGAGAUGCUGCUGGUUCUUGGACGACCAGGGUCCGGGUGUACGACGCUGCUUAAAAUGCUGGCCAACAGACGGGCCGGUUAUGAGGAAAUCGAAGGUGACAUCUGGUAUGGCAAUAUGCGACAUGACGAAGCGAGCCAUUACAAAGGUCAAAUAAUCAUGAACACCGAAGAGGAGAUUUUCUUCCCGACUUUGACCGUCGGACAAACCCUUGACUUCGCCACAAAGUUGAAAGUACCUCAGCAACUCCCCACGACAAUGCGCAAUGCGGAGGAUUACAGGGUGGAGAUGAAGGAGUUUCUGUUGGAAAGUCUCGGUAUCUCCCAUACCAAGGAAACAAAAGUUGGCGAUCCCUACAUUCGUGGAGUGUCCGGAGGAGAGAGAAAGCGUGUCUCGAUAUUGGAGUGCCUCGCCUCAUCCGCAUCGAUCUAUUGUUGGGAUAACAGCACAAGAGGUCUCGAUGCGUCAAGUGCUUUGGAUUGGGCCAAGGCCAUGCGUGCAAUGGCGGACGUGUAUGGCAAAUCUAUGAUUGUCACGCUUUAUCAAGUUGGCAAUGACAUAUUCCAGCUCUUCGAUAAGGUCUUGGUACUUGACGAAGGGAAGCAGAUAUACUAUGGUCCUGCCAACCAAGCACAGAAGUUCAUGGAGGAUCUCGGCUUUACUCUCAACGAAGGUGCAAAAGUUGGUGAUUUUCUAACUGGCGUCACGGUUCCCACUGAGCGCCAGAUUCGACCUGGCCAUGAAUCCGUCUUCCCUCGAGACGCCGAGGCAAUUCUGCAGGUUUAUGACAAUUCUUCCCUUCGAGCGCAAAUGGCAACCGAGUAUCAAUACCCAACCAGUGAAUCAGCUCAGAAAGACACCGACAAUUUCAAGAAUGCCGUGUCCACGGAGAGGCAUCGCCCAGGAAGUGUCCACACUGCGGGGUUCACCACACAGGUACGGGCCUGCGUCGUUCGUCAAUAUCAAGUUCUCCUAGGCGAUAAGAAGACGCUUGCCAUGAAGCAAGGUUCGACUCUGAUUCAGGCCUUGGUAGCCGGUUCACUCUACUACCAAGCCACGGGGGAUUCAACGGGGCUCUUUCUGAAAGGAGGCGCAAUGUUUUGGUCCAUUCUGUAUAACAGCAUGAGUGCCAUGUCCGAGGUGGUCGACUCCUUUUCCGGGCGUCUGAUGGUAAUCAAGCAUAGUGACUUUGCAUUUCAUCAUCCAGCUGCAUUCUGCGUAGGGCAGAUCACCGCGGACAUCCCCAUCAGCUUAGUCCAAGUUACCAUAUGGUCUCUGAUUGUCUAUUUCAUGGUGGGCUUGCAAAUGUCUGCCAGCGGUUUCUUUACCUACUGGGUCGUUCUUUUUGCGUCCAUAAUGAGUGGAACGGCUCUAUUUCGCGCUGUCGGAGCAACGUUUCGUACUUUUGAUAGUGCAUCCAAGAUAUCGGGCUAUGUGGUCACUGUGAUGGCGAUGUACGCAGGAUAUCAAAUCCAGUAUUCGCAAAUGCACCCGUGGCUAGGAUGGUUAUACUGGCUUAAUCCGGUCGCGUAUGCCUUUGACGCUUUGAUGAGCAACGAAUUCCACGACAAAACAAUCCCUUGCGCCGGCGUCAAUCUGAUCCCCCGCGGUGAGACCUAUUCGAACGUGGACUCUGCCCAUCAGUCCUGUGCCGGAGUUAGAGGCGCGAAGCCCAGGUCUAAUGUGGUACUUGGAACUCAAUACUUGAGCGCCCUAUCGUACUCACAAGGGCAUCUCUGGCGAAACUUCGGUAUCCUUUGGGCAUGGUGGGCUUUUUACGUGACCAUCACGAUCUUGGCAACUAUACGUUGGCGAGAUGCUUCAUCGUCCGGUGCCUCGCUUCUCAUUCCUCGCGAAAGGUUGACCAAUCACCGACGAUCACACAACGUUGACGAGGAAUCCCAAGCACAUAAGUCUCUGGACAACCAGCCAACCUCCGAAUCGACUACACCGCCAAGCACAGAGAAAGAAGCAGAUGGUGCACAACUAGUCAGAAAUACAUCGGUUUUCACUUGGAAAAACCUGACGUACACUGUGAACACUCCGACAGGGCCUCGCGUGUUACUAGAAAAUGUCAAUGGAUGGGUGAAACCCGGUAUGCUUGGCGCAUUAAUGGGCGCAUCUGGGGCAGGCAAAACAACGUUGUUGGAUGUGCUUGCCCAGAGAAAGACAGAGGGUAGGAUAGAGGGAUCCAUCAUGGUUGAUGGUCGGCCUUUGUCUCUAUCGUUCCAAAGGUCUGCGGGAUAUUGUGAGCAACUUGAUGUCCACGAGCCAUAUGCUACAGUUCGAGAAGCUUUGGAGUUUUCUGCUCUUUUGCGUCAGCCUUCCCAUACCCCAAGAGCAGAAAAGUUGCAAUAUGUGGAUGUCAUUUUGGACCUCUUAGACCUUCAUUGCAUCGCAGACACUCUUGUUGGAAAUUCCACCAUCGGGGGCCUCAACGUUGAACAACGGAAGCGGGUAACCAUCGGAGUCGAACUGGUUGCAAAACCCAGUAUUUUGAUUUUCCUUGAUGAACCAACUUCGGGGCUUGACGGACAGGCUGCAUUCAAUACAGUCCGUUUUCUGCGCAGACUGGCAGAUCACGGCCAAGCAAUCCUGGUCACCAUUCAUCAGCCCUCAGCUCAGCUUUUUUAUCAAUUUGACACGCUGUUACUCCUCGCUCGCGGUGGCAAAACGGUCUAUUUUGGCGACAUUGGUCCGAAAGCUCAAACGAUAAAGAACUACUUCGGACGCCAUGGUGCGCCUUGCCCAGCAGAAAGCAACCCAGCGGACCAUGUAAUCGAUGUGGUAUCCGGUCGACUAUCUUCCACCGAUUGGCAUCACAUCUGGCUCCAAUCCCCAGAAUUUCGCCGUUCCACAACAGAGUUGGACACUAUCAUCAAGGAAUCCGCGUCGCGGGAGCCGGGGACCCGGGAUGAUGGUCACGAGUAUGCAAUGCCCCUCUGGGAUCAGACAAAGAUCCUGCUGCACCGAAUGAAUGUCUCUCUUUUUCGAAACACCAACUAUGUGAACAACAAGAUCUACCUUCAUGUCGGGUUGGCGCUCUUCAAUGGCUUUUCCUAUUGGAUGAUUGGGAACAGUGUCAACGAUUUGCAGCUGCGCAUUUUCACCAUCUUUGUGUUCAUGUAUGUGGCCCCGGGCGUGGUCAAUCAACUUCAGCCCCUGUUCAUUGAGAGACGGGACAUAUAUGAUACACGUGAAAAGAAAUCUCGAAUGUACUCGUGGAAGGCCUUCGUGACUGGUCUGAUCGUCUCCGAGUUCCCCUACCUAUGUGUCUGCGGUGUCCUCUAUUUUGUAUGCUGGUAUUACACCGUAGGGUUCCCUGCAGAAACCAACAAGGCUGGUGCAUCCUUCCUGGUCGUCCUGCUGUAUGAAUUCUUCUAUACGGGUAUGGGCCAAUUCAUCGCAGCAUAUUCUCCUAAUGCGGUUUUUGCAUCGCUGGUUAACCCCUUGGUGGUCGGUAUUCUCGUGUCUUUCUGCGGUAUCCUUGUGCCCUAUGGACAGAUCGUGCCCUUCUGGAGAUACUGGAUGUACUAUUUGAAUCCAACCAACUACCUAGUAGGCAGUUUGCUCACUUUCAGCAUCUUUGACAUCGAUGUGCAAUGCACGGAGACCGAGUAUGCUGUGUUCGACCCUCCCUCCAAUGCCACCUGUGGCGAGUAUUUGGCCGGCUUUUUGAAAGAAUCCGAUGCCAAUCUGGUCAACCCGGAAGCCAUCCACGGGUGCCGUGUCUGCUCGUAUACCAAGGGAAGCGGCUACCUUGAGACCCUGAAUUUGAAAGACUUUUACUAUGGUUGGCGAGACGUGGGCAUCUUUGUCAUUUUCGUCUUCAGUUCCUAUGGUUUGGUGUACUUGUUCAUGAAGUUGAGAACGAAGGCCUCCAAAAGGGCGGAGUAG